AUGACGAAGAUUAAAAAAUCAACCAGUGGUUCGGAUAAAGUUCGUUCUGCCUUUACGGCCGAAGAGGAUGCGCACUUACAGGAAUACAUUAUACAAAAAAAGAGUGAAGGAGCAGCAUUAAGUGGAAAUAUGAUUUAUAAAGUAUAUCAAGCACCAAACAACCGCCACACUUGGCAAUCAAUAAGAAACCGUGCUAUCAAAAAUAUUAUUCCUCAGCUGUUAGCGAACGAAGCCGCCGGUCAAAAAACUCAGCCUAGAAUUCAUCAAAACCUCUUAUCGAAAUCUGAACAAGAAACUCUUCGAAUUUAUCUUCUUGCACAAAGGAACAAUCGUGAAGGACUGUAUGGUUAUAUUAUCUACCAACAGUAUCCGGCACUCGAUGAACACUCCUGGGAAACAAUACGGGAGUAUGCGAUUAAAUAUAUUAUCCCGUAUUUGCCUGAAGGAUCACAAGAGACCAGUGAUUCAAUGCAAACAGACGAUAACAACGAUACUCAUGAGUUCGAAGAACUUGGUAUUCAUGUGGAGAUAGGGUCGAUACCGGAAGUCAGUAAUUAUAAUAUCAAUGAUGAAAUGACAAUAAUCGAUCGUGAAACGAGUAGUCAAACAGACAUUUCUUGA